AUGCUCAAUACGAGCACUUUGCACCGUGAGCUCCACCUCGGUUGCACGAAGGAAGCUGCUGAGCUCGCUGCUCCUUGGAAGACCGUGAGUGACUGGUUUGAGCUGAUCCUAAGGAUCAUGCCGGAUGCUUGCGUAGCGAUGGAUGCUGCGGUGGAUGUGGCAGUCAAGAGGGUCAUGGAGCAUGCAGACUUCGCCAGCAAGUUCAAGCAUCCCGUGAAGUUCAACGGCACGGACUUCGUCGAAGAGCGGCUGACGGCGGAGCAGCAGCUGGCCGAGGUCACACGCAGUGCCAGCCAGCAAAUGCACGUCUUCCUCGAGCGAUAUGGCUCUUUGCUCUGUGCAGAGGAUCUGCGGGCUCUGGCAGGGUGUCCUGCGGCAGAGACUGCAGAGGACAAAGAAGCACCACUAGUGUACUGGUUGCUGGUGCUUGUUCAAGCUACUUCUAGAACUAUGGCAUGA